AGCCACGUGCUCGUGUUUACAUGUCUUCAAAUUUCAGGCGGGAUUUGCCAACAAAACAACACAAUAUCAGAUAACCUGACUCACAUUAAGAAGAGAAAACCACCGACAAGAGGAGACUCGGCUACAAGAGUAAACUUGCUUUUAGUAAACGUUAUCGAGUUAUAGCCUACGUGAAACAGCAUGGGGAAUAUCCAGUCGUCAAACAUGAGCAUUCCCUUUGGUUUGUGCAGUUUGCCUCUUUCCAACAAAGAAAAACUCAAGAGCAGCACAGAGGAUGGGACCCUGCAACCACGCCCGGCGACCAGCAGGCAGUACUACACCAUGCCUAACAAUGGGGCAGGUGUGGAGAGAAGAACGUCUGCUCCUCCGGUCAGCCUCAAUGUCGAGUCACCACGCUUUCACCCGCACGCCAAAGGCAAGAAUAUCAGGCUGGAUGGGCAGCUUCGCCGUGCAACACGCAAGAACAGCUUUUGUAAUGGCAUCACUUUCAGCCACAGGCCUGUCCACCUCUAUGAGAAGGUGCGUCUUCGUCUGAGUGGCGUCCACACUGGCUGGAGUGGAGCUCUACGCUUUGGUUUCACCAGUUUGGACCCCAGCGAAUUGGUCACUACAGACAUCCCCAAGUACGCUUGCCCAGACCUGGUGACACGGCCUGGGUACUGGGCCAAAGCUCUGCCUGAGAGACUGGCCUUGAGGGACAACGUGUUGUCGUUCUGGGCUGAUCGUCAUGGAAGGGUUUUCUACAACAUCAAUGAAGGAGAGCCCAUCCUCUUUCACUGUGGGCUCAGCAUCGGCUGUCCACUGUGGGCCAUCAUAGAUAUCUAUGGCAUUACUCAGGAGGUCACGCUGCUCGAAAGCACGUUUGCUGAGAGUGUGGGAUCCAGCUGCCUGAAUGCAGCCCGUUUGAGUGCUUAUCUGCCCCAGAGUAGCCACGACUCAGCCAAUUACAGCAACAAUCAGCUGGAGAGCAACCAGGCUGUUGCUGCCAAGAUGGCCAACCUCCAGCUCAAUAACUACACUCAGCUCAUCCCGUGCUGCUCCUCCACCUCUUCCUCCUCUACACCAUCCUCAUCUGCCACCACUGGACUCAAUGUCCCGAGGGUGGUCCGAGGCCUUCCUUCCCCUCUGGACAAUGACUUGCACUUUCACCCGAUCCGUGGCUCUGAUAUAAUACUCUCUGCAGACCGAUCCGCCGCCUGCAUACACUUUCUGGACAGCAGCCGAACUCUGGUGUUCAGUGACCGGCCGCUGCAUAUAGGUGAGACUAUGUACGUGGAAGUCGGCCACCUGGGCCUUCCCUACUUUGGGGCGCUGUUGUUUGGUUUAACAUCCUGUGACCCGGCUAGUCUACACGCAGGGGAUUUACCGGCAGACCCCGAGGUUCUCCUGGAUCGUAAAGAGUACUGGGUGGUGCACCGGGGUUUUCCCAUGCCUUGCUCUGGAGACGUGCUCAGCUUCAGUCUUCUGCCCAGCGGAGAGGUUCACCACGGGGUGAACGGAGUGGGACGUGGCAGGCUGCUCUGUGUGGACUCUUCUCAGGUCCUGUGGGCCUUUUUCACCCUGCAUGGGGCUGUCAACAGACUCAGGAUACUAGGAACACUGCAGUCUAGUCCUCCCUCCACAUCCCCCAGCACUUCUCAGAGCAGCAGCCCAGAUGACAGUGACUCAGACCUGGCGUUCAGUGUCAACAGAUCCUCCUCUGCAUCUGAAUCCUCUCUGGUGACUGCUCCCAGCUCCCCUCUCAGUCCUCCAGUCUCUCCCACCUUCACUGUCUCAGAGCUGCCCCCUGCUGGAAAAAAUGGAGAAUGCACUAUUUGCUUCGACCAGGAGGUGGACACGGUCAUCUACACCUGUGGACACAUGUGUCUGUGCAACGACUGUGGGCUGAAGCUGAAGAGACAGAUCAAUGCGUGCUGUCCAAUAUGCAGGAGGCCUAUCAAAGAUGUUAUCAAAACAUAUCGGCCGUGAUGGUCCAGAUGUUUAAACAGGUGCUUCCGCUGCUGGAUGCCACCUGUGUCCCCUUCUCAGGCUUUGUUUGGACAUGGAUCUUGGCCCCAACUGGACAUUAGCCACGCCAGGACAUAAUAGUCUGUGCCUAUAUUUUCAUUUUAUAUGGAAAUCAUUUCUGGAGAAACAUUGGGCUCCUCAUGCAUAGAACUGUGAUAAAGCUCAUCUUAAUUCAUAGACUACAUAUAUGAGCUCAUCAUCAAGAAAGAAGAGAUGAAUCCUGUACUCCCAUUUUGUAUUUUCCAUGUGAAGCCACAUGUAUUUGCUGAGCAGAAAAGUCUGCUGUGAAUAUUUUGUCUUUACCCUCAUUGUCCUAGAUUUAUGUGUGCUUCAGCAGAAUAUGCAGACCGUAGUCUAUGACUUCUAGUGCCUUCUAGUUUUCGUCACAUUGUGUGUCCAAGUAAUUAUGCUAACAAUCCUAGCCAUAUUUUCAACGUACAGUACGGAAAGGUUGUGGUGAAAAAGGCACACAGAUACAGAAUGUAUGCAACGAAAAGUGUAAUUGUAAGUGAGAAGAUGCAACUGUAUGGUGAGUGUGUUCAAUGACAUGCUUUAAGAAAAGUAUGUUUGGAAAAGAAUCUGGUUUUGCACAGUGAGAGAUUAAUAAAAGUCGAUUAAGUGUGA